CAAUACAUUAUUAACGCAUUAAAAUAAUUGGUCAGUAUAUCGACAUUUCGUCAAUAUAUUAACGAAAUCCCACCAUGCCUUUAAAAACCUUGUUGAGUUGAAAUGUCAGUAGAAAUCAAAUCAAAACAAAACAAAUUUCACCGGUUACGACGUCGUUCCAGAAAACCGAACAAUAGAGUUAUCUACGUGCGCAUGUAUUGCGUGUACGUACACGAAAAAGAUUGAGGUUAAAUUUUGUACCGUCCAGCAAAACAAAUGGCGUGCUAGUGUGCGUGAGAGCGGGCUAAGAUAACUCUAUACCCGUGGAAUCGGUGGCCAGGGAAGGUGGUGACGAUGCAGAGAAAGUCAAGUCAAGCUGUGUUUCCUCUUCCUCCGCUGCAAGAGUGCAGUUUGGAAAAUGAGAUGGUUCUUGGACGUGUGGUAUCUGUUCGGUUGCAGAUCGAACCACCCCGUUCCAUUAGAUCGCGAUCCUGCAGCCAUUAGCCAUUUGCAGGAGUUCUCGUUCCGAGUCCGGAUCUGCAACGUCCACCGACUCCGGCCUAGAUGUGUCCUCUUGCGAGUGUGUUUUGACAAACACGAAAAACAUUCUAUCAGAAUCGACGGCUCAGAUUCCAAAUGGCCAGAUCAUCUUGGUGUUGAAAAUGCACCCUACUGGCGAGAUCGAGUUCAACAAAAUGAUAGCAUCCUCCUGCUCGCCGACUUAAUCGAGACCCUAAGCAAAAUACGAGCAGAGAAGAGAACCUCUCAAACUCCGUCAACCUCCUCACAGCUAGCGAAACGACCAAGAAUCGCUUCCCCAGAGAUAGUCUCGAGCCAGCAACCUUGGACAAGUAGCAAAUACUUUGACGAUAAGUACACCGAUUGGCGCUGUUCGACGACGACGACGACAGUCUGGAAACGUUUGAAAUCCGCUUCAAAUCCCCCGCCAUGGGAAGUGACGACCUCCCCCAAAUUGGUUCCAAAUCGAGGAACAUAGUGUGGUGAACCAGAUCAACCAACUGCCGGACACCGUCACACCGUUUGAAACAUCGACAACGACGGCCGGAUGGCCUUUUCCGACCACUACGUAAUGUGAUUUGAUCUAGAGCGGUUACAGCCCCAGUACCAAACGCAAUCCCAAUGUAGCCACGGGCGGUGGCGGUCGGAUGAUUCCGGGAACCAACAGCAAGAUUUACUUUGAUCUGGCAGUGUGCUCCCAACUCGAGCACUUCCAGCGCGAAGGUGGAGGUGCUAAAUCCAUGUCAUCUCAGUUGCUGAACUUUUUCAACCAGACCUACAAACGGUUCACGGGAUUCAAGCCGACGAAGAUCUCAAACUCUUUGUGUUAAAUCUUUUCAUAAUUCUUCAAUUUGCCAU